AUGCCUCCAUUCUUUGUAUUUAAAAUAUUGGAGAAAGCUUUGGACAUUCCAGUCAAGAUAUGUCAAGGAGAGAAUGUUUUCCAAACAGUUGCUAACUCUGCUAAUGGAAUCAUAUCCGAGACUGUGAAUGCAGUUGUCGCCCCUGUCAGUUUAAUCACCGAACCUGUUCCUUUCCUACACAAUGCAGUUGAAGCAACAAAGUCCGUCGUAGUGUCUGUUGCUGAGGCUCCAGUCAACAUUGCACACGCUGCAGUGUCUGUUCCAGUGACGCUGGUGGAGAGUGUUGCCAAUGGAGACAACGUGCUCACAUCACUUGGUCAAUGUGCUCUUAGUGUCCCGAUGGCAGCAUGUGUUGAAACAAUCAAGAUUGGCAAGUGUGCUGUUGAGGAGACCAUCUCAAUUGCAACUGGGCAGGCCAGCGAGCGAGUGAGGAGUGGAGAGUACGAGUUUGGCGCCCGUGUGUUUAUGUAUGCCGACGAACCUGGAAUCAAGAGUGCCAUUUGGAAAGGUGCAUAUUUGGCGGCUCCCAUGUCUAGGUUCACUCAUGUGAUAGGAUUCAAGGAUUGGCCAUCAGCAUUCGAACAGCUCACCAAGAUUGCAAACAAACAGAAACUCUCAGAGGUUCAAAUCUCAUGCCAUGGUUGUCCAGGAGGAGUGUUUGUUGACGAUAUCUGCUUGAGUCAAUACGAAUGCCAAACCUUGCCAAGCUUCCAGGAGUUCAUGGCGUCAGAUCCCUUCCUCCAUAAUGGCACUGGUUUGAUCUGGUUCAGAUCAUGCAAAACAUUCAACAAAGUGCAAGGCAGGCUAUUUGCCAAAUUUAUCAGUGAUUGUUUCAAAGUUAGAGUUGCUGGACAUACUGUAGAGAUCCCUAAUCCGAGUCCCUUUGUACACGCAGGAUUCCAAUUGUUGCAUCCAAACCAAACACCAGAGUGGGAAGACGAAUCAGGUGAUUGCUUCCCAACGACCACCUUUAGUCCAUCACAGUUGGAGCCAAUAUAUAUUCCCUAG